AUGCGCCAGGAGGCCCACGACCGCGGUGGGUACGACAGCGGGGGCAGUUGCUGCAGCGCCGCAGGCCCCGGCGAUGCGGGACGGGCAGCCGCUGCAGCGGCUGCCAAAGGGUCGAACCCGCCCGAAGAUCUCGCGCAUGUGCUUGACAGGCCGGAGCACCGCUCUGCUGCUGCUGGUAUUGCUGGUGGGGAUGCAGCACCGUCGUCGCCCUCUACCUCACCGCUCACCGGCCCACCCAGCGGCGCACCGGACAGCGAUUACGGCGAGGCGCUGAGCGCCUCAGAGUGGGGGAAGCACCUACACCGUGAUGACGCGGCUCGAAUCUCGACAGCCGUAGGCCAGCCUCAACACUUCUCACCACCGCCACAGGCUCCUCUCACUGCGCCGCACAACGAUACCCAGCAGCAGGACCAGCACCCGCAUUUGAGGCAGGGGCACAGGGACGCUGCCAGCAGCAGCAGCCGCGGCGGAAGCAGCAGUCGUUACUACGCCAACCAGCGCCACCUCGACGGAGAGCACGAUGCUCAUCACCACCACGCGCACCCGCGUCUUUCCCCGGAUGCCGUCUUCAAGUGUGGUCACGACGGUGCGCCGUUCAGCCAAAAUAGCUCCUUCACUACGGCCGCCGCUGCUUCUGCACCUCGCCGCCAGUCAGCCACCGACCGUGUGUGUCGCACCAGUUGUUCCGUCAGUAGCAUAGCCGAUCUUUACGGGCAUGCAGACCGCACCACAAGUGCGUCGCGGCGGUUCUCGCUGGGGCGAUCCAGCUCCACCCAGUCUCGUAAGUAUAUCGACUCCACAUUGCCCUCGACAGCGCACCGGGCGGGGGCGCGACAGGACCGGUGUGGCAGCAUCACUCGCGUGGAGGCUUCGCUAGUUGCACUGCAGGUCGAGCUGGCGGCCGAGAAACGCAACAACAUUGAGGCGGAGCACCACAUCACUACACUGAACCGCGAAGUAAAGCGUCUUCGGGAGGAGAAUGCACGCUUGUCACGCGAGGUGGCGGUUGCCGCGACUGCUGCCCACGGCGCAUCCGCGCCGCCCCACUCGGUCGCACCCGGCGGCGGUGAGGACGGUGCGGGGGCAGCGUUCUUGUCUUCGACAGCGCACGCGAACUCGAAUGCGGUGGCGGCGGAGAGGCGCAUCGAAGCCCUCGAGGCGCGUCUCGGUGAGCUGUCGCGUAACAUGGAGACGAAGCAGCGUGAGCUGGACACAAAGGACGAGCGCAUUCGCCUGCUGGAGCACAAGCUCGCGGACCAGCUGCUGCUGUACUCUGGGAUGAGUUACAUGGAGGGGAUGUCCACAAGCCCUCCUCAGGCUCUGCAGCCGGCCGCGAUGGUGCGGCACAACUCGCCGACGGCGCCAAAACAUCAGCAGCAGCGCCGGCCGAGCCGCACGAGGCAGAAGGGCAGCGAAAAGGUAAGCAGCGUCGGAGCCCAUGCGUCGCCUUCGCGGCUGUACUGGCAGGCGCAGGCGCCGGACACAACCCUGGCAGGUCCAAAGGUGAGCGCCAUCCGAUCAGUGAGCGUGCGCAACUUGCACGUUGGCCGCAGCGACAACGGCGGCAGCGCCGGCGCGUGGGGGGAGGGGGCGCCCACUCACGCAGGGCCGCAGCCGUCCGCUUUCUCGCUGCGGGAGUCUCAACCCAAUGCUAGGGUGGACCGCCCGCUAAGCGCCACGAGGAACCUUCGCCAACAAACCCCGCGCACCUCUAGUGUGCGACGUCGCCCUUACUCGACAUCUUCCCAGCCGGGCAGCAGCGACCUCUCUGCAGGGACUCGAUCAGCCGCCGGCACGCACAGCUCGGCCAGGCGGCGAUGCAGCCGUGGCGCGUUCGGCUCGGUUGGCCACGCUGACGGUGACGACGCCGUUGGUAGGACGGCGAGCGGCUUGGAGAAAGCACACCCUUCCGACCGCUCGGGACCGGCAAGCUCUCCUCGGCGCCCGUCCGUGCAGCGGCGCACGUCCUCCUCCUCGUUGCGUUCCGCCAGGACUGCGACCCGCGAGGACAGCCAGCGCGCAUCUUCUCGCCGCAAUUCGGCAGCGUCGCCGGCUCGCCGCAACUCCGGCAGCAUAGCCAUCGGCAGCCACCCGAUGCGCCUGAGUGUCGGUGCCAGCGCUGGCGGAGAUGCGCGUGUUCCAUCGCCCGGCAGUCCCGCGUACGGCAGAGCGCAGUCCAUUUUCCUAUCGAAUGACUCCACAGCGCGCCGCGGGUCGGCGACCCGCUCUGUGGCGCAGCAGAGCGUGCACUCGGGCACGUCGACCCGCUCUCGCCCGCAGAUUACAUACAGCGCUGACAACGAGUCGGCAACGAUCAAGGGGUCGACGACGACAGUGGUGUUUCGAAGCGGCAAUGCCACCAACGCCAGCGUCCACUCCUACUAUGGGGGCAGCUCCUACGCUCGAGAUGGUGCCCCGCUGCUCCCCUCUCGCUUGACCGCCUCUGGUCCGGUAGUGGCGUCAGGCGACACGGGAACGGGUGCAGCUGUCGACCUCCCGUAA